AUGGUGCCCGCGCUGCUGCCGCUGCUGCUGCCGCUGCCGCUGCUGCUGCCGCCGCUGUCCGCGGGCGCGGGCGGGCGCUGCCCGCUGCGCUGCACCUGCACACACGGAGCGCUGCGCUGCCCGCCGCACGGCGCGCUGCCCGCGCCCGCCCGCGCAUCAUUCACUCAUCUCCCUGUAAAAGUAAUCCCAUCACAUGCGUUUGAAGGACUUCGAGAUUCCUCCAUCAUUGAAAUCUCUCAGAGUGACUCCCUGGAGAGAAUAGAAGCGAGCGCCUUUGACAGCCUUCCCACCUUGUCUGAAAUAUUAAUCCUGAACACGAAAAAUCUGUUGCACAUUGAGGACGGAGCGUUCAGAAAUCUUCCAAAGCUAAAAUAUUUGAGCAUUUGUAACACUGGAAUAAGACAAUUUCCAGACCUGACACAGAUCUUCUCACUGGAAGCUCAUUUUAUUUUGGAGCUCUGUGAUAAUUUGCGUAUGACAAUUAUACCACGAAAUGCUUUCCAAGGGAUGAACAAUGAAUCACUGACACUCAAGUUGUAUAAAAAUGGAUUUGAAGAUAUCCACAGCCAUGCCUUCAACGGGACAAAGCUGAAUCAAUUAAUCCUGAAGGACAACAAGAACCUCAGGCGGAUACACAAUGAUGCCCUGAGAGGGGCCACAGGGCCAGAUGUCUUGGAUAUUUCUUCAACAGCGCUGAAGUCCCUGCCUAGUUAUGGGCUUGAGGCCAUUCAGGUCUUAAAUGCAAUGUCAUCUUACUCUUUAAAGAGGCUGCCACCACUGGAUAAAUUCAGCAGUCUUCUGGAAGCUGUCCUAACAUAUCCCAGCCACUGCUGUGCUUUUCGAAACCUAAGGACAGAAAAACAGAACUUGUUGCUUUCCAUUUUUGACAACUUCUCCAAGGAGUGUGAAAGCACCAUGAGGAAACCAACUAACAAAAUGCUAGAUGACUCCAACAACACAUCGCUGUGGUCAGCGGAGAAGAACACGCACCCGUUUGUGACAGAUGAAGAAAGUUCUCCCUACAGCUACUCGACCAUUUUUGAUGACAGCGAAACGGACAGCUUUGACUUCGAGUAUGACUUUUGUCAGCCUAAAGUCGUCACAUGCACUCCAGAACCAGAUGCCUUUAAUCCCUGCGAAGACAUCCUGGGAUACAGCUUCCUCAGAGUGCUGAUCUGGUUUAUAAACAUCCUCGCCAUCGCCGGCAAUUUCACCGUGCUCCUCGUUCUCCUGACCAGCCACUACAAGCUCACCGUCCCUCGCUUUCUCAUGUGCAACCUCUCCUUCGCCGACUUUUGCAUGGGACUGUACCUCCUGCUCAUCGCCUCCGUGGACGCCCAGACCAGCGGGCAGUACUACAACCACGCCAUAGACUGGCAGACGGGCAGCGGCUGCAGCACCGCCGGGUUCUUCACGGUGUUUGCCAGCGAGCUGUCGGUGUACACGCUGACGGUGAUCACCCUGGAGCGCUGGCACACCAUCACCUACGCCAUGCAGCUGGACCGCAAGCUGCGGCUGCGCCACGCCGUGCCCAUCAUGCUCGGGGGCUGGCUCUUCUCCAUCGGGAUAGCCGUGCUGCCUCUCUUCGGGGUCAGCAGCUACAUGAAGGUCAGCAUCUGUUUGCCCAUGGAUAUCGAAACAGGCCUGUCCCAAGCCUACAUUCUGCUGAUCUUGGUGCUGAAUGUUGUCGCCUUCAUUGUCAUUUGUGCUUGCUACAUCAAGAUUUACAUCGCCGUGCAGAACCCAGAGCUGGUAGCUGCCAAUAAAGACACCAAGGUCGCCAAGAGAAUGGCAAUACUGAUCUUCACGGAUUUCACCUGCAUGGCCCCCAUCUCCUUUUUUGCCAUAUCCGCUGCCUUCAAAGUUCCUCUCAUCACAGUCACCAACUCCAAGAUCCUGCUGGUUUUAUUUUACCCUGUCAACUCUUGUGCAAACCCCUUUCUCUACGCAAUUUUCACCAAAGCAUUUCGGAGGGAUUUCUUUCUGCUGAUGAGCAAGCUUGGUUGCUGCAAGAGCCAAGCAGAGCUCUACAGAAUGAACUAUUUCUCUGCUUAUAACUCCAACUGCAAGAAUGGUGGCGCAGCCACAGCCCCCAGCAAGGCCUCCCAAGCAUUCCUGCUCUUGUCAGCCUUAGAGAAGCCAUAUCCUGCACUACGGGACAAGACAUCUCACAAGGAAAAUUAACUCAGAGCGCUAAGAGAUGCAGCACUUUGCACGGCCAGUGGAGAUUAUCUUAGUGGCUAGGGAUUGUUUUAUAAUAUCUUGAACAGUUCAUAAAUAAAAAUGCCAGUAAGUAAUUCUUAUGCAGCAUAACUCUUCUGACGUUCGAGGUGGUGUUUUCCCUUCUCUUCCUUUGUAAGGAUAGGUGUGGAAGGUGGCUAUUAGGCAAAACUUUUCUUUAUGGGGAACCAGAAGAGUCCAGGAAUAGUCAAGUUGCUCUUGAAGUUAACAGCUACUGCAGUGAUUGCAGCCUGGCUUCUUUUUCUCAAGAUCUGCUUCCUUGGAGUAUUUAAAGCCGGUUUGCUACCUUUCAUGGCUUCUUUUUUCAUUCCUAUCAGCUAUGCUGGCAUUGUUGGUUUAAAGAAAGAGGCACUAAACUAGAUGCCUUCAUUUCAUCCACAGAAACUUCCAAUUACACAGCCACCUACACACAGUUAAAGAAGAGUGUUCAAGUGAUAGGCUGUAAAGAUGUCCCCCAAGGAGGAAAGUUGAUCUAUUGAACCUUUGUUACUGGCAAUUUUGCAGUUUACAUUAGAUCUCAGUCUGAGCUGGUGGGUAGUUUACUUAAAUUAUUAACCCAUACACAGCCACGUGUGAUCUGGAAAACACAAGAGAUGCAAAACCCCCUCUGCUGCACACAGGACUCUAUUUAGGGUAUCACAUAUGCACACACAAAUCAGGUAAACUGGAGAGCUGCUUCCUGCACAGGCAAGGAAGUGCUGCCUUGUUUUCCUUCCUGGGACAGUCUGAGGAAUGAUUUUCACCUGUCAGUUCUCUGACAUCACCAGUGCCAGUGGCAUUCAGGAAUGCACUAGAGCUUCUUCAGCACUCACAGUCCAACUCUAUUCCCAGGUGAUGGAGCAGAGUAGCACAGUACUUACCUAUUUGUGACAAUGUUUCCCCAUUAAAAUCUCUCUUUUCUUUCACUGUUCAUUGCCUAAUGCUAAGUGAUCAUGCUAAAUGCCUGGUCUAGAUUUGUAACUGCAUUGGUAAUUUAAGUAAGUGCAGAGUUUGAUACUCUACCAUAAGAAAACAGUACUAUUGCAAUCACUUUAAACCUUUUAUAUUCUCCUUUUCAGCUGAGUCCUUUGCUUUCAAGUCUGUGACAGCAACUGAGUUCCAAAGCACUCCUCUUGUUGCCAAAACACUGCACUGCAAGCUAAAUUUGCUUCACAUUAAGGAAAGCAAUUCUCUGUACUAGUGACUGGUCUAUCAUUAGUUCAUAAUUGUGAUAAUUAGAAAUAACAUCUCUGACCUACUCUUACCUUCAGCUUAAUGCCAUGUUUUCAAUCAGUACAAAAGCUCCGGAUGUAAGCACAGCUGUGCUCACAAGCAGUUCCCACAGGUGGGGAAUGAAGCAGGAUUGAGAGCAGAGGAGACUCUUAAAACUCUAUGGUUUAGCAAUCAGUAUAAAUCCCAUAGGAUGCACCUCUUUAAACACACCAGCUCCUGAGCUUAGCCAGUGGUGAAAUAGGACUAUGAGGGUAUUUAACUAUAAUACAAACCAUAGGCACUGGUGUAAAAAAAAUAGCUACUGGGCCUAAAUCUUUUCUGUCACCUGUCUCAAAAUUGAUUUUUGAGACUCAUUCUUCUGACAUCCCAUGGAAGAGUCCUGCACAAGAUUUAGGACAUGACAGCACAAUAUCUUAAGUGGGCAAUAACUGACAUACUUGCAUUAUGUUCCAACAGGAUAAGAGCUUGCCAGCACACCCUCCCUACCCCAUAACAUGGGUGGGAAAUGCCAAGGAAGGGAAAUGAGUUCGAAUUAGCAACAGCUGAUAGCACCUACCCUACAGGGCUGCAGAGGGAACAGCACUGAGCAGCAAGAGAUCUCUGUGGGCAUUUUUCUUUUUGUACCUGCUGUAAGAUGAGUGAAAUCCACCAUUUACAAAAUUCCAGUUUUAAGGGAAAAAAAAAAAAAACACCCCUGACAAAACAGCAAGUGUAAUUUAUAUACUUAAAAUUUUUCUAUGCACAAAAGUAAGCAAAUAAGUAAAAGCAACACUUUGAAAAGAGAUACAGAUUCAUGCCAGAGCUUCUCAUACUAGUUACACUUGUUAUUCUAUCUCAUUAUUUUUAGUUUACUUUCUUUCUGGUGUAAGGUUUUAGACAGCCAUUUACGGAAAUAUCUUUGAUGGCCAUAACUGGUAUUACAUACCUCACCCUGUCACAUCUGCAGCAAUAUGUUUGCUAAACUGUAAGUACCAGCGAUCAAAAACAUUAAUUCACAAACUAUUCAGAUCAAAAGCACUGGUUACUGCUCAAGUUACAGCCUAGAGCUUACAUUUUAAUAAGAAACUUUUUUUCAGUAUAAAAAUUCCUGACUUCAGGUGUAUUUAGUUGUAAAUGUCUUGUUCAAAGCUGUAAUUCAUUACUAAUGUUAUUUUUAAAACUAGCUAAAAAUGAAGUGCUCUUUAGCUUCUUUAUUUUACAGUGACCAGGAAAAACAGAUCAAAUUCAGAAGCACCACUCAGAGCCUGUGUGGUGUUUAGUGAAUGGCUCAUAUCUAGUCCUGUCCCAUGGAUUGCUGUGCCACACUACCUCUGCUUCCACUCUUUCCUGACAUUGGAAAUGGUCCCACAGUUCAUAAUGUACAGAGCAUGAGCACCCCAGAGCCUGUGAGAGACUACUGAAAUCUAAAAGCAUCUAUCAUGUGGUAAGAGCUGCAUUUCUUGUGCAUUUAUGGGUCUGAAGUGUAACAUCAGUGCAGCUACAAGUCAUCUGAAUGGGGGAAAAGAAAUCAUACACUGGAAUAUUUUAACUGUCUAUGAAUACACAAUUCUUCACAUUCCAGCAGCAACAUCUAUAAAAGACAAAAGAAAUGGCACAUUUGGUUCAAGUGCUCUAGUUCAGUGUCGUGUCUUUGAUACUGGAGAGUAGCAGAUACAUCAAAAAAAGCACGCAAUAAACUCAAUAAUUGUUCAAAACCUACUUCCUGCCUUACGCCAUUAGCACAAGGGUUUGUACCAUUAUGAACAAGGGCUGGGGUUUUUCCCCUCAUUUCUUCCAUAUAUUCAUUCUCUCCAACUCUUCCCUUUCUUUUCUUUCCCUUCUCCCAGCCUCUGCCUCCUCUCAGGGAUUAGAGAUAACCAAAAUGCCUCACAGUGUUUCAUUCCAACAGACAGGGGAGCAGCAGCCAGGAGGGAGGGGUACCUUAGUGUAGCACUGCCCUUCCAGCAGGAUUAUCCUGUUCUGAGGCAGCCUGGCUGCAGCUUUAGCAUGGAGUUGUCCAAAUUGCCCUACAAGGAACAGGAACCAGCCAGGGAAAAGUUGCAGCUCUGAAGGACAAGGACCCAAAGCUUCUUUUGGACCUCUGUUUCUAGAAGACCUAAUAAAAACUUGAUGCUGAGGGCUGGAAGGAAUGCAGUUCUCAUGGCAGGGUGAGCUACUGCCACAUACAUGGCUUGUACACGUUUCUCUAAGCAAAGUUUAUAUUGAGGGAACACAAAAACAACUCUGUGCUAGGAAUGUAAAUGAGAUGACACUUUUAUU